AUGUGGCGACGAACAUAUCUGCUCCUGCUCUGCGUUCGUAUCUACUUUGCGUUUUGUCCGAGUUAUCUACAUCCAGACGAGAUCUUUCAGGGCCCAGAAGUCAUUGCCGGAUCGGUCCUAGGUUUCCCGAGCCGCAAGACAUGGGAGUGGACAUCGGAUCAGCCCAUUCGCAGUGUCUUCCCACUAUGGCCCGCGUACGGCAUACCUAUGGUCCUCCUGAAGUGGCUCUGGCCUCACGAAGAAUACGAAACCGUCGAUACUGCCGUCGUUUACUACACACUUCGCUUCGUCAUGUUCAUUCUGAGCUUUGUCCUGGAAGACUGGGCCAUUCAUGAGCUUGUACACUCGCCCAGAUACCGGAGGCAAGCAGUGGUGCUGGUCGCCUCCUCCUACGUGACUUGGACAUAUCAAACACAUACCUUCUCGAAUUCUAUCGAGACUCUAAUAGUGCUUUGGAGUCUGGUGCUUAUCGAACGCAUUGCGAAAGCAGAUAAUGCUUCCCUCGCUUCAAGCUUCGUCUUGGCUUUCUUGCUUGUCUUUGGAACUUUCAAUAGAAUUACUUUUCCCGCCUUCGUCUUGAUACCCGGCAUUAUUUUGUUGCCACAAUUCUGGAAUAGACCUUUCUGCUUCUUCGCACUACUUUUCUCCGGCGCCUUCUGGACCUUCAUCGCCAUCGCUACAGACACAGCGUACUACCGUCCUGGAGCCGAUGCCUCAUAUAGGGCUCUGUUCAAGUCUAUUGCCACAUCGCCCGUGGUCACACCUCUCAACAAUGUUCUUUACAAUACUCGCACCGAGAACCUCGCGGAGCACGGCCUGCAUCCGCAUUACCAACAUCUGCUUGCCAAUCUGCCCCAGCUGCUAGGCCCAGCACUCGUUGUGCUCAUUUCACAGUGUUACCCAUUCAGCCGAGCUACUAUCAAGUCUGUUCUGGUAAACCCCCGACUUUCGUCAGCAACAACGUCGAUUCUGAUCCUCAGCAUCGUCCCACACCAGGAGUCGCGCUUCCUCCUGCCGAUCGUUCCCUUGCUACUCACUUGUCUCAAGCUGCCAUCAUCUUCAAUUCUAAAGGCCACAUUCUGGAUCUCCUGGCUCGCCUUCAAUGCCAGCCUCGCAGUCCUCAUGGGCACAUACCAUCAAGGAGGCAUCAUCCCAGCUCAAAUCGCGCUGCCCGGCCUGAUCAGCCGCGAGCUCAACAGCACCGGCUCCGACGCCACCAACAUCGAAGUCUUCUGGUGGAAAACAUACCCUCCACCAACUUACCUCAUCGGCCAUCCACCACCUCUCCACGCGGCCAGCAAAUCGCCGCUGAACAUCUCGACUGUGCCGCUGAUGGGCAUCCCACAGUCCGAGCUCCUUUUCAUGCUCAUGCAGCACGUCCCUACCUGUGACCCGAGUCUAAUUGAGCGCAUCACGUCCCACACACAGUCUACGGAAGUAUUCGUGGCGGCGCCGCUUGCUGCAUGGCGUUUGCCGAACGACGAAUACCCAGAUCCGGCAGAGUUUGGCUUUCGGGUCGACUUCGACGCGCCGAAGGCGACGCUGGGAUUGCGGAAUGUGCAGACAUGGCGCCAGCACGUGAAUCUGGACGAUAUGGAUUUUGGGGAUGAUGGCGUGCUGCCUACUUUACGAAGGGUGGUUGGGAGGCGGGGGUUGGGAGUCUGGAGGGUCGAGCGGGUUUGUGAUGUGAGAUAG